AUGAAUGACCGAAUAACAAACCAGGUGAGAGUGAAAGAGCAAAGACAAGAACUGAAUGAAGUGGAGGAGGAACAUUGUAACUUUACAAUUCAAAGAACAAAAGCCAAAAAGACGCACACCUGCACUCAGUGUGGGACGAGUUUCACACAUAAAGGAAGCCUUAACACACACAUGAGAAUUCACACUGGAGAGAAACCGUAUACAUGCACUCAGUGUGGAAAGAGUUUUUCUCAUGCACCAACUCUCAGUCAUCAUCUGCGCAUUCACUCUGGAGAAAAGCCAUUUAACUGUGAUCAGUGUGGUAAAGAUUUUAUUUCAUCAGCACAUCUAAAACACCACCUGAAAGUUCAUUCAGGUGAGAAGCCUUAUGUGUGUUCUCUCUGUGGAAAGAGUUAUUCAAGGCUGGACAGUUUUAAACUGCACCAGAAAACACACAAUGAAGUGAGAGAUCAUGUGUGCUUUGACUGUGGGAAGAGCUUUACUACAUCUCGUGAUCUGAAACAGCACCAAAGAAUUCAUACUGGAGAAAAACCUUACAAGUGCUCUUAUUGUGACAAGAGUUUCACUCAGGCUGGAAACCUGAAAUCACACGAGCGAGUUCAUACUGGAGAGAAGCCGUACGCCUGUACUCAGUGUGAGAGAAGUUUCACCCAAUCAAGUCAUCUAGUGACUCAUAUUAGAAAGCAUUGUUCUGUGUCACAGUGAGCAAAUGUUUUGUUAGAUUCACAUAAAGUAAAUGUGUUGUUAGUUAACUAAUAAACUAGUGUUGCCGUGAAAUGCCACAAGA